CCUGGGCGACGGUGACGCCGAGCCGCGGGCAGCAUGGCGGCGCCGGGGCAGGAAGAAGACCAAGAUCAGGAUGCCAUAGUUGGAAAGAAGAUUAUUAAUCGGACGUUUCUUUCUCUUUCCCAAAUUACUGCUUUGUCAGAACAAAAUCUAGAAGGAGUUCAAAAAAAGCUGAAAGAAUUUCUGAAUUUUAAACAAUUAAAGACAUCUUUGAAAGAAGCUAUUUUGCUAGAUUAUUAUACUGCGGGGUUUUGGUGGGCUAAAGAAAUGAACUUCAGUCUUAAACAGCUCUCAGGAUUCAUGGAUCUAUUAAAUUUCCUGUUGGAGAACCUCAGUGACAAACAUAUGACCUUAGGAGAUAAUUUAAAAGAACUUGGAAAAGCAAUGGCUGGAAUAGGAGAAACUGAUUCAGAAAGAACUGGUGACUUGAAUUUCUUCAGCAUUGAGCAAGCCAAAGCAGUCAUUGAUUACUUGAAUAUCAGCUUAUUUAAACACUAUAAACUAUAUGAAUACCUCUUCCACAGUCCUAGAGAAGAACUUGUGAUAAGUAAUGAGUAUGUGAUUGAACUUGCCCAACCUGCGGUUCCCCCCUUCCCUGCUCUGCUGGAAGAAGGCAUACCUUUGGAUAUCAAUUCAUCAUUCAUAAUAUCACCAACAGCUGCAGAGAUGGAAUCUAAGGGGUCUGAUCAAGAGGGUUACCUGGAAGAGCCCUGUCCAGAGGCAGAGUCCUUCGAGGCAGGUGCUGUGGCUGGUGUCACUGCUGAAGAUCAGAAGUCCGCAGUGGGUGAAAUCUCAAAUGAAAUUAUUGGCAACCUUGAGGAGGAAAGCAAUCAUAUGGCCAAACGCAGGAUGGCUGGUGGGAAUGAAGACAAGCGAAAUGGAAAUUCCCAGAGCUGAGGAGAAAGCCAAACUCAAACAGGUGGGACUAGCAUGUCUCUGUUUUGCAAUUGGCACUGAAAUCAUGGGCCCUAUGUGAAAUAUUAUGUGUAAAGCCAUCAUGCUGUUCAAGAUCAAAUUCAAGUGGAUGUUAGCAAAUAAAAUGCUCAUAUUUAGCAGCAGGAAAAGUUAUUGGAAUUCUUCCAGGUAUUUUGAUGGGAAGAAAAAAAGAAUUGAAGGUACACAAGCAAAGAGUGAAUGAGAGGAAGUGAACACGCUGUUCAUGGCACAGUAAUCUGAUGCCAUUUUUAGUUAGGUCACAAGGUAGAGCGAGCUCAGAAUAAGAAGCAUUGAGACAGCACAGAGUGAGAGAAA